AUGGUAUGCGAGAAGGAGCGCGGCGCGCGCAGGCCCAAGUGCGCGCGCUGCCGCAACCACGGGCUCAUCAGCUGGCUCAAGGGGCACAAGCGCCAGUGCCGCUUCCGCGCCUGCGUCUGCGCCAAGUGCUCCCUCAUUGCCGAGCGCCAGAGGGUCAUGGCCGCGCAGGUGGCGCUGAAGCGGCAACAGGCGGCCGAGGACGCGAUCGCGCUGGGGCUGGUGGCGGUGACGACUGGCGCCGAGUACGGUUUCCUGCCGCAGGGGCCCAUCUUCGGCAUGAGCACCACGGCGCCACAGAGCGAGCCCUCCGCAGGUACCGCUGCGCAGCGGCCUCUGGCGGCCGGCUCGCUGGACCUGCUGGCCAAACUGUUCCCGCACAAGAAGCGCUCCGUGCUAGAGCUCGUUCUGCGCCGCUGCGGCGACGACCUCGUCAAGGCCAUAGAGCAGUGCGUGCCCUGCGACCCAGCCGCCGCAGCUGCGGCCGCUGCCAGGUCGGUGACAGCGAAGGGGGCUACGACGGCGGCGGCCAGCAGCUCGUCCUCUGCAGCCAGCAGUAGCAACAGCGGGGGCGGCGGCGGCGGCGGCGGCGGCGGCGGCAGCCGAGUCGGUGUGGGCGGCCCGGUGUCGAUGUCGGGGCGGUCUGCGUUCACACCGGUCACCCCCGGCAGCGGCGCGGCGGGCGCGGGGACGGCUUUGAUGCUUGGGGAGCUUCAGAAACUCUCCGCAGCAUCUCGGCAAUGUGUGAAACUUGUUCAACGCCGAGGAAAGAGAGGCGACGAGUGUGACCAGGUCAACAUUGGCCACUGUGGUAGAUAUGGCGUGACAGGGCGCGGCGCCAGCGUGGACGGCUUCGGUAGCGGUUGCCCUACUAUUUUUAACUAA